UCUAUUCAUAGUCUCUUUACGAUCGAAGUUUGUCGUCAAAAAUCGUUAAUCUCUCCCAUUUCUGUUUCUCCAAUUCUAAAUUCAGAUCUGCCUUCGAUCCCUACUUGCACCAAGAAUUGCCACCGGGGGUUAAUGCGUCAACCGUUUGAUCUAGACAAACCGAGUCAUGGCGGGUAAGAGUGACUCCUUCUCGAUCCGGGUGCCGUACAGGAACUUGAAGGAAGAUGUGGAGGUGGAAAUGGUUGGUGUCGACGAGCCUGCCCAUCGGGUUGAGCUUAAAUCUGCUUCUUCUUCACCGACUUCGUCGAGUUACAGGGUUGGAGGUGACGCGUCUGACUCCUCUUCGCCAAUUCCAAUCAGAUCGAAGCCAUGUGGUAUGAUGACUCUCAUUCUAAGUUGUAUGAUAGCCGCCGGGGUUCAAUUCGGUUGGGCCUUGCAGUUAUCUCUUCUAACUCCUUACAUUCAGACACUUGGGAUAGGGCAUGCGUUUUCUUCAUUUAUUUGGCUUUGUGGUCCUAUUACAGGCCUUGUGGUCCAACCAUGUGUUGGUAUCUGGAGUGACAAAUGCACUUCGAAAUAUGGAAGGAGGCGGCCAUUUAUUCUUGCAGGAUCUCUAAUGAUCUCAGUGGCUGUGAUAAUUAUCGGAUUUUCUGCAGACAUUGGAUACAUAUUAGGGGAUACAAAAGAGCAUUGCAGCAAAUUCAAAGGUACCCGAACAAGGGCUGCAUUUGUAUUUGUUAUUGGGUUUUGGAUGCUUGAUCUUGCAAACAAUACAGUGCAGGGACCAGCUCGUGCUCUUCUGGCUGAUCUUUCAGGCCCAGAUCAACGGAAUUCUGCAAAUGCUGUUUUUUGCUCAUGGAUGGCUGUUGGAAACAUCCUUGGAUUUUCUGCUGGUGCCAGUGGAAAUUGGCACAGAUGGUUUCCUUUCCUGAAGAGCGGAGCUUGCUGUGAAGCUUGCGGAAAUCUAAAAGCAGCCUUUCUUCUUGCUGUGGUAUUCCUUGCACUCUGCACACUUGUGACUAUAUAUUUCGCUGAGGAGGUUCCGCUAACUGUAAAUCAGCCUAAUCGUCUAUUGGAUUCUGCUCCUUUAUUGGGUGGUCCACAAGAAAAUGAACUCUCAACAUUAAAGCCCAACGGCCAAGUCGUUGCCAAUGUGAAUGGAAACAAUAGUGAUGAUGGCAAUGAACAGGAUAUUAAUUCAAAGCACAUAAAUCCAAAAACUGAGCCCAACAAAAAUGAAGGUUUCAACGACGGUCCUGGAGCCGUAUUGGUAAAUUUUUUGACCAGUUUAAGGCACUUACCACCUGCAAUGCACUCGGUGCUCAUCGUUAUGGCUCUUACUUGGUUGUCCUGGUUCCCCUUCUUUCUAUUUGAUACUGAUUGGAUGGGACGAGAAGUUUAUCAUGGGGAUCCAAAGGGGGAUAGCUAUCAAGAAGAUUUGUACAAUCAGGGAGUUAGAGAAGGUGCAUUUGGUUUGCUGUUGAAUUCAGUUGUUCUUGGCAUUAGCUCUUUUUUCAUUGAGCCCAUGUGUCAACGGAUUGGUUCAAGACUCGUAUGGGCGAUGAGCAAUUUUGUAGUUUUUGCUUGUAUGGCAGGAACCGCAAUCAUUAGUUUGAUUUCUGUGAAUGAUUAUUCUGAGAAGAUUGAACAUGUAAUUGAAGGGAAUCAAGCAAUCAAGAUUGCUUCCUUGGUUGUUUUCGCUCUUCUCGGUUUUCCUCUUGCUGUAUGUAUCAUACUUUUUGGUUCUAAUAAUCUGAAUACAUUUGCUUCCGCCUUCAAGAUACACAGUCAUGUAUUUUUUGUCUUGCAGAUUACUUAUAGUGUCCCCUUUUCUGUCACAGCAGAAUUGACUGCUGACUCAGGCGGUGGCCAAGGAUUGGCUAUUGGUGUUCUGAAUCUUGCGAUUGUUGUUCCUCAGAUGAUUGUGUCCCUUGGUGCGGGUCCAUGGGAUGCUUUAUUUGGUGGAGGAAAUAUACCGGCCUUUGUUUUGGCUUCCUUCAGUGCAUUUGCAGCUGGUGUUAUUGCAACCCUCAAGCUGCCCAAUCUGUCGAGCAAUUCUUUCAAGUCAUCUGGUUUUCAUUUUGGCUGAAAGAUAUGUUGGCCUCAUUAGUGUGGCAUAAGCAUUCACAAUCAACCCAACGGAACGACCUUGCUCGUCAACGUACUUGCAGAUGGAUGGCUGCACAAUUGUGCAGGAUGUAUAGUUAUAUAUGUUAUCAGGAAGAUGACAACACAUUACAUAUUCAGAUUCGUUCCUUUUUUUUUUUCUAACACGAUAUCUGACAUGUGAGCCAAUUAUCUAGAGGUGAAAAAGGCCAUUUCCUUUCAGAAGCCGGUAUCCGCAUACAACAACGAGUGAUUACUGAUUAGCCUGCAUUUCUUGUUACAGAAAAUUGAUUUGAUACUUGUGUUCAAAAAUUCCUGUCCUUCCAUUGAUACUGGGUGACCUAGUGAUGAUCGACACAUUAUGAUAUUGUAAUAGUUUAGUAAUCAUAACAACACUGUUGAGCUUCCUUAAUCCUGGUGGGAAUGUAGGUUUUUUUUUUUUUU